UACGGGGCCUUAUAAUUUUUAAAAAGAGUUAGUUCCUUACAAAAGAAAAAAAGAAAUUUCCAGGAGUUCUAGAUCCAAAAGGAAACGACCCGGUCAAUACCUACUCACCUACAUUAUGUCAAUUGCAACAUAGCUCGACUGCUAUGGAUGUUAAUGAAAAAUGAGAAAAAACUUCCAUUAGUCCAAUAGUUCAAUUUGUUACAGUUUUUAUUUUCUCGAGUCCUGAUAGGAUAUCUUUCUUUAAUCACUUUUCCGUCAAAAGCUUCAGGACAAGGUUAUCAUGUUUCUCCAUCACAAAUCCAAUGCCUUAAUUUUCUUGUUAAUCAUAAUCUCUGCACUUGCUAGUUCCAUCGACUGCCAAGCAACUUACAACGCUCAUAUCUGUCUAGGUGCAGCCAAUGACACUGCAAGUGCUAAUUUCAAAUCAAACCUUACUGCCCUCUUGAAUUCUUUAUCUUCCAAGGCAACCCUUAAUAACAGCUUUUACAAUGAUUCCUCUAAUGGAGUUUACAGCCUCUACCUUUGCCGCGGUGAUGUAUCAAGUGGAACCUGUCAACUCUGUGUCGAAACUGCUAUUCAAGAAAUCCAACGGCAAUGUCCAUCCAAUAAAUCUGCAAUCAUUUGGUAUGAUCAGUGCAUGUUACGUUACUCUAAUACCAAAUUCUUCGGUUUGGCACAGACAUCUCCAAGGGUGCUUAUGUGGAAUAUACAAAACAAUACCUCGCCUGAUGAACCAGACUAUGGCGCACUAGGACUAAUAUACACGCUUACAGGUAGUGUUCCAUAUAAAGCAAUGAUGUUUGGGACUGAAGAAUCAGAAACUAAUAAUGGGUCGCAGAAGAGGUAUGCUUUGGUGCAGUGUACGAGAGAUAUUGAUAGUAGUGCUUGUAGUUCAUGUUUGGGAGAACUGAUUGAUUCUAUAACCGAUUGUUGCCAAGGGAAGAAAGGUUGGCGUAUUUUAGCCCCAAGUUGCAAUCUAAGGUAUGAGGAAACACUAUUCUUUGAAUGGCCGUCGGCACCACCUGUAUCAGAGCCCGAGCCCGAGAAUGGAGGAGGAAGUAAUACAGCAACAAUUGCAAUUGCAGUUGCUGCAUCAUCAACUGUGGUAAUCGGAGCUCUCUUGGGUUUCUGGUACUAUUCAUGCUACUACAAGAGAAGAAGACCUACAGAGGGAGAAACAAGCCAAGUCAUUCUAUUAGAAAAUUUGAAAAGCUCGAAUCGGAACCACUUACUAGAUGGGGAAAUGCAUGCUAGCAAUGAUGACAACAAUGGAGGAAUGCAUUACUUCAAUCUAACUACCAUUAGAUCAGCUACCAACAAUUUCUCUACUGCAAAUAAGCUUGGAGAAGGAGGUUUCGGCCCAGUUUACAAGGGGAAGCUGCCUAAUGGGCAAGAAAUAGCAGUAAAAAGGCUUUCCAUGACAUCAAAGCAAGGCCUUGAUGAAUUCAGGAACGAAGUGAUGGUAAUAGUCAAGCUUCAGCACAAGAAUCUUGUGAGGUUAUUAGGAUACUGCACAGAAGGAGAUGAAAAGCUUCUAAUUUACGAGUACUUGGCCAACACUAGUCUUGACGCCUUCCUGUUUGAUCCAAAAAGAAGCAAGGAGCUUUACUGGGAAAUGCGUGCAAACAUUAUAACUGGGACAGCAAGGGGACUUCUAUAUCUACAUGAAGACUCUCGGCUCAAAAUCAUUCAUCGAGAUAUGAAAGCAAGCAAUGUUUUGUUGGAUAACGAUAUGAAUCCAAAGAUAUCAGACUUUGGCACUGCGAGAAUUUUUGGUGGCAAUCAAAUCGAAGCCAAUACUGACAGAGUUGUAGGCACAUUUGGAUAUAUGGCUCCAGAAUAUGCACUAGAAGGAGUAAUUUCAAUCAAGUCAGAUGUUUACAGCUUUGGAAUCCUGAUGCUAGAGAUUAUAAGUGGUAAGAAGAACAGAGGUUUUUACAAUCCAGAACAUGCCCCCAGCCUUCUAUUACAUGCUUGGCAACUCUGGAACGAAGGCAAAGGAGAGGAUUUGAUAGAUCCAGAUAUAGUUUUCUCUUGUCCGACUAGUGAGGUGUUGAGAUGGAUCCAAAUUGCUUUGUUAUGUGUUCAAGAUGAUCCUGCAGAAAGACCCACAAUGUCAUCAGUUGUCCUGAUGCUUGGGAGCAAGUCGAUGAUUCUUCCCCAACCAUCAACAGCUCCAUACACUAUGGGUAGAUUUACUACAAUGUCCGAUCAAUCGUCAAUAUACGGAACUGGCUUUCUCACGUCAGAUCAAUCCACAGCUAGUGUUUCUUGACAGUUUACGGACUGAUUGUUGUUCUUUCUGAUAUUCGACUGCGUAAUUUUGACCUACACAUUUGUUUUGUGAAAUAUUUAUUUCUUUGUAUAGGUGGCAUCAGUAUUGCCAUUAAUUUGAAUAAUCUAGCAAUAGAUUGAAAGUAAA